AUGAAUCUGUUCGAUCACAUCGGUACCCAACUUGCCGGUGAAGACGGUCUCUACAUGUAUUACGUCCACGUUAGGAGCUGCAACAACGAAUCUCCCGAAGUAAUAGUCAGCGUCAACAUGACGAAGCAUUCUCCGGGUAUCCACACUGUCGAAGGCGACUUUAGCAUCUUGAAACGAACGAAUGAAACACAUCGCGGUCGUCUAAGCGACUACGCUGUGGAAGGUGAGCCGCAGUCGACAUCUCGUCGCUGUGAAGGCUCUGGUCAAAAAGCUACACUAAGAUAA